AUGAAUCUGCUCCGUCUUCCAGCAAAGUCUCUGACUGAAACUCUCCGUUACAUGAGAAAUCUCACUCUCCUUCACUUCGAAAGCCAGCAAGAAAGCAGUGGAAUCGAUAAAUCUGAAUAUCGGCGAUUUGAAAGUCACACUAAAAAAAAGACGCUUACAAUUGAAUUGAAGAACACAGAUUUGUGGUUUCAGCUGGAUGUGAUAUUUGAAAACGUCGAAACUUUACCACGCUCAGUCAGGAUAAAUAAGGAAGCACCUGUAUAUUACUCCCCGACCGCUGGUGGCUAUCGUGACUCCAGUGAAUCCAGUGACUGCAGUGAAUACAGUGACUGGAGCGAUACGAGCGUUUUGACUGCUCCUAGUUAUGCUCCUAGUUACAACAUUUGGAGUGAACCUUGGCCCUACCUAUUGAGUCAACCUAGGAAUACAAAUCAAAUUACUUUUGAAAAUUCGGCAUUAAAAUUCACCGCCAGAGACUAUUUGCGUCAUCUCAUGGAUAUUCUAAUCUCAUGGAUAUUCUAAACAAUAGAAAUGGAAAAUGAAGAAAAGGUGCAUGGAAUUUCUGAGAAGGGUGUACGAGCCUUGUUCAGAGACAUUCCUAUCAAAAAGAUGUAUUCCUAUGGAUCAUUCGAUAGUGUUUUAAAAUACACCUAUAAUCAAGUAGAGCGACUUAAGAUUUCCAAGAAUAAAAAAUUGUGGCGUGCCCGAACAAUUCUCUGCUCACAAUUCAAUAUUCUAAGGCUUUCCGUGCAUUUUUACGAACUCGACGACUUAUUAAACUUUAAUAGUCGUCUAAUUGACCUUGAUUUUGGCAUUUUGGCAAAAGAUCUGAACUUAUACCUAAAACACUGGACAUUAGGACUAACACAUCAAAAUUUGAAACGACUACGUGUAAGCUCUUGGAUUUCUUUCACAACAAAAACUGUUCUGAACGGAAUUCGCUACCAGAAGCAGCCCACAUCCGUAUCAAGAAGCAUCGGGUCCGGGACAUACUGUGGUGGCUACGAUAUUCAAAGGAAUGAUGAAACGGAUGCAACUCUCUACAUCUCUGAAACUAGAGAGCGACUUCAACUUAAUUCUUAUUGUAUGGGAAUGAAUGUUGUAAUUUGA